AUGACGCUGGUGUUAAACUUCAUAGGAAGCGCAACCCUAAUCAAGCACUGCAGGACCCACACGGGCGAGAGACCCUACAGAUGUGAUGAGUGCGGAAAGAGCUUCUCGGAAAGUUCCAAGCUCCUAGAGCACCAGAGGAUCCACACAGGCCUGAAACCGUACAAAUGCCUUAACUGUGGGAAAGUGUUCUGCCACAGCUCCUCGCUGACCAACCAUCAGCGGGUCCACACAGGUGAGAGACCCUAUAAAUGCCCCGAGUGCAAGAAGACUUUUGGACGCCGCUCCAUGCUCGUGCGACACAUGAGGAUCCACACAGGGGAGCGACCUUACAAAUGCCCCCACUGCGGGAAGGCCUUUGCCGUUCUCUCAGUCCUGAUCCAGCACGAGCGGAUCCACACAGGGGAGAAACCCCACAAAUGCGCCCACUGCGGGAAAUGUUUCAGCGAUCCCUCGGUCCUGACCCGGCAUAAGCGCAUCCACACAGGCGAGCGACCCUACAAGUGUGUUCAUUGCGGGAAGGGCUUCAGUCAAAGCUCCACCCAUGCCCAGCAUCUAAGAACCCACAGCGGGGAGCGGCCCUAUAGAUGUGAUGAGUGUGGGAAGAGUUUCAGUGUAAGUUCCAGCCUUGUUGUCCACCAGAGGAUCCACACAGGAGAGAGACCCUAUAAAUGUCCCGACUGUGGGAAGAGCUUUAGUGGCUGGCCAAAUUUUAGCAGGCAUCUGAGGACCCACGCCCAGGAGUAAACCCGACAGGUGACCCAAUUCUGGGAGAAGCUACUGUGAGCACUCUGGGCUCUUUAGAGAGAGAACCCAUGCAUUGGAGAGAUGCUAUAAAUGUCCCAACUGUAGCCAGAGCUUGUGUCUCAGCUCGGAGCUUCGUAGGUACCAGAGAAUCCACAUGGGUGGGGGGUUACCUAUAAACACCCCAAAUGAUGGAAGACCUUUAGUCCCAGGAUGUACCUUAUUAUUCAUCAGAGGAUCCACAGCAGAGACAGGCCUGAGCAAUAAAUGUGGAGAUCUUGCCCUGCUCUGGGGCCAGCGCUGCCCGCUCUGCCCUGGAGGAACACGCAGCCUCCUCCUCCCACGUCACCGGCUCCUGGAACAACAAAGACUCCCGCUCAGCACCUGCAAUCCCCGCCAGACCCACUUGCUGCCCAUCAGCCAACGAACCAUCCGAUGGGAGCUCCUGCCAUGGGUCCUAGAAGAGAAUGGCCUCAUGUCCCCUUCCCCACCCCCAUGAGCCAGCCAGUCCUGCUGCCCUGGGGCCGGAUGGGAGCUGGUGACGCUGGUGGGAACAUGCUCAGGAUCGGCUCUGUUUGGUAAACUGGGCCUAUGCAAACACAGCGUGUUUCAAUACAGCCAGAUGCAAGGUCAUCCCACCGGGAACAAAGAAUACAGGCCUUACUGACCCCACGCGGGACUGUCUCAUGGAAAGCACUGCUUCUGACAGGGAUUCUGGUGUCAUUGUCAACAGACCACUGGACAGGAGCUCCCCGUGAGGUGUGGGGGGAAGGGCCAAUGCCAUCCCUGGCUGUUUAAACAGGAGCAGCGAGGAGGGAGGUGGUUUGACCCCUUUGUGUAGCUUUGGGGAGACGGAUAUUAGAACACAACGUCCAACUCUGGUGUCCCCGUUUUAAAAAGGAUGUUGACAAACUGGAGAGGGUGCAGAGAAGAGCCACAAAAAUGAUUCAGGGGCUAGAAACAAUGCCUUACAGGGAGGGACUUGGCUCACACUGUUUAGUUUAUCAGAAAGGUAGAGGGGUAUAAGUGUCUUCACAGCAAGAAAAUUCAUCAAAAUUUAGAUUCUACUUUCACACACACACACCUACACACACAAUGCAUUAUUAGCCUGUGUAACUCAUUUCCACUAGAUAGCACUGAGGCCUGGAGCUCAGUGGAGGAUCGGAUAGCAACGUGGAUAAUGAGAACCUCCCUAGGUACAUUAUUAGCUCAAGUAAAUGUGCUGGAGCACCCAUGGGAAAAGUUAGCACGUGCUUAGCACCCACUGGCAGCCAAGCUCCUCCCUUCC